CUUUGCCUCGCCAUCGGUACAAGGCCAUUUCAAAACCAUACACACGAAAGAUCACGUAUUUCGUUACUUGUUACUAAAGAAAGUUGCUAUCCACGUUAAAUAUGCCUAUUAGUAUUAACAGGAAUAUUUUGCGCCUGUUACGCGUAGGCUCUAAUUCUACGCUAGCAAUCACAAAACCAAGGCACAGGUUCAGUGCUGCUGCUUUCGUAUCUGCAAGACACAUGAGUGAUGAUUCACAUAAAAUGGACUCUACCUCAUUUGCAAAGAAUUUGUUCAGAGGACAAGUGGAAGUGGAGCAUGUGUUUCCAUUUCCUAAUGUUUUGUCAGAGGAACAAACGGAGACACUAGAGGCACUUGUUGACCCUGUUGAAAAGUUCUUUACGGAAGUGAAUGACGCGACUAAGAAUGAUGAGCAGUGUGUAAUACCUGAUAAAAUUAUGAACGCACUUGGUGAGAUGGGAGCUUUUGGGCUGCAGGUUCCUCAGGAAUUUAAUGGUCUUGGCCUGAACAAUACACAGUAUGCCCGUUUGGUAGAGAUAGUGGGAGCACACGAUCUAGGUAUUGGAAUUGCACUUGGUGCUCAUCAGUCUAUUGGCUUCAAGGGGAUUUUGCUUUUCGGCACACCGGAACAGAAGCAAAAGUACCUGCCUACCCUUGCCACAGGAGAGAAGAUUGCAGCCUUUUGCCUGACAGAGCCCUCCAGUGGCUCAGAUGCAGGGUCGAUCCGAUCGAAGGCCGUUCUCUCUCCCGAUGGCAAGCACUAUAUCCUGAACGCCAACAAGAUUUGGAUCAGUAAUGGCGGCGUCGCUGAUUUGUUCACAGUGUUCGCGCAGGUGCCGGUGAAGGACAAGAAUGGAAUCGAACAAAACCAGGUGACAGCCUUCAUCGUAGAGCGUGCAUUCACAGGUGUAACAAGCGGCCCGCCGGAGAAGAAGAUGGGCAUCAACUGUUCGAACACGGCCGAGGUGUUCUUCGACGACGUGAAGGUCCCCGUCGAGAACGUCAUCAGCGGACCCGGCGCCGGCUUCAAGGUCGCGAUGAACAUCCUCAACAAUGGCCGCUUCGGCAUGGCGGCAGCGCUGUCCGGCACGAUGAGGGCGGCCAUCAAGCAGGCGAUCGAGCACGCGUCGCAGAGAGAGCAGUUUGGGCAGAAAAUCCACGAGUAUGGCAUGAUACAGGAGAAGCUGGCGCGCAUGGCCAUGCUGCAUUACGUCACAGAGUCCAUGGCCUACAUGGUUUCGGCCAACAUGGACCGGGGCUCGAAGGACUUCCAGAUUGAGGCGGCCAUCUCGAAGGUGUUUGGGUCGGAGGCGGCGUGGAAUGUCGUAGAUGAAGCCAUACAGAUCUGCGGCGGCAUGGGCUUCAUGCGCAGCACGGGUCUCGAGCGUGUGCUACGCGACCUGCGCAUAUUCCGCAUCUUCGAGGGAACAAACGACAUCCUGCGGCUGUUCGUCGCGCUUACCGGAAUUCAGUACGCUGGCGCCUCGCUGAAGGAGGUGCAGACAGCGCUGCGCCAUCCCGCCAACAACCUGGGCCUGCUGUUCGAGGCCGGAGCGAAGAAGAUCACGCGCAUCGUCGGCAUCAGCCAGCAGUCGCUGGCCGAGCACGUCCACCCAGAGCUGCUGACGGCAGCCUCGCUCACGAGGAUAGCUGCUGAGGACUUUGGUGUCAGUGUGGAGAGCCUGCUGAUCCGUUAUGGAAAGAACAUCAUAGGGGAGCAGUUCCUGCUGCACAGGCUCGGCAACGCGGCCAUCGACAUCUACGCGAUGAUCGUCGUGCUGUCUCGAGCAACGCGCGCGCUCAACGAGAACCACCCGUCGGCCAAGUACGAGGAGCGCAUGUGCAACGUCUGGUGCAGCGAGGCUUCCGACCGGGUGGCGGCGUACCUGACGUCCGUGCGAUCGAGCCAGCAGACCGGAAACUUCCGACGCAUGGCGCAGAUCUCGAGCGAACUGAUCAAGGCCGGCGAGCUAGUGCAUGGCCACCCGCUGGGAUUCUGAGCAGACGCCUCGGUCGCGCCAGGGGGGAAGGGACGCGGGGUGGGGUGGGGGCGUUGUUAGCACGGUGCUACAUUGGGUGAUUGCGUGAGCGCUUAGAUUCUGUUAUGGGGAUCGCUUUUAGUUUCACUAAUGCAGACUAGUUUAACUAAUGCGUGGCAGUGAUGUGAGGGUAGAGGGCUGUUUUCACGAGUCUUGGUUGUUGAUCUGGUCACUGGCAGUGUUCCUAGGUGCAAAUAUUUAUUAGGUUCUGUUAGGGGACGUUAGGAGAAUGGUAUGCUCUAUGAAUAUAAUUCUGUAGUAUAGUGUGAUUUACUUAUGUGUCCGGCUGUUUCGAAGGGUUUUCCUCUGUUAGAUCUGUCCUUAACAUUUUUAUUUAGGUACAUUCUACAACCACAGGUUUAGUUCCAUAAGUGAUAGUAUCAUACGGAUUAGCGUCAUAGAUAUAAUGUACAGUAUGUGUUAUGAAGAAUGCAUAUAUGCAUGCAUGCUAUACAGCUACUUGAUUACACGCAAUUUGUAAUUUUUUGCGACGUCGUGUCACAGAUGAAUUUUUUAGAAUUGUUUCAAUUGUUUUUCAGUUGGCAAACUGUGGUGUAAAGUGGUUUCUUCCGGUGACCGUGUAGGUUCUGAUAAUUACAUGUAGUUACCUGCAGUCAUGUGUACCUGUAUGUAAUGAUAAUUACAUGUAGUUACCUGCAGUCAUGUGUACCUGUGCAUAAUGAUAAUUGAAAUUUUAACCACAUUUGAUUACCCAUUGCCAGUCGCACCAGUUUUCAGUAAUGACUGCCGUGUUGUUUAUGCGCAAUGUGCAUCUCAUCUCGCUGUGCUCUUGCUACUUGUAAAUUGUUGAUGUCAUCGGUAGUGCUCUAUAAGAUUUGGUUAAGAAAAUCAAAAUUUACGGCACACGUAGCUGGCGUAGCAAUACAUCAAAGUUAGGCAACUAAAAUUAAGUGGUACAUCGUGUUUUAGACCAAUUAGUAUAAUAACUAUACUUAUAUCGAUACUUUCUGUAUGAGUGAAAUAUAAAUUCAAUAUAAUAACUUAUAUGGAGUAAUAUGGAGUAAACUGUAAUAUAUUUAUGCAUUGUCGGCUUAAAGUCACGUCUUCAGUAUUAUUGGAAGUUCGAACUACUUACAUUCUAACACGAAAAUUUCCUUCUAGGAGACGGCUGUAAAAAUUGCUCAUUUUCUUGUCAGAUAUCAUGUUCGCAUGUUUGUCCGUUGUGCUUAAAAUAUUGGCCACAUUACUGUGUGCGCUUAUAUAGGUUUGCAAAUAGCGAACGUUCCGCUAACGUGGAAUGAAGUUAAUGUGUUAAGACAUGUGAUUGUUUUCUAUUGGAAUAACAUUAUUUGUCUAUCUUAUUGGUUACAAAGUAAUAAAUUGUUAACAUUAAGCAUAUCAUACGAUUUUA